GGAGAGGAUUGGGGCAACGCAAGGGGCGGAGUUUGUGGGAAGAUGGCGGCCUCUAGGGGCUUGUCACUAAUGGCCGUGGCGCUGAGAGCGGUCACCCCUUGGCCUAUGGGCAGCAGGCUUCUCGCGGCCUCCCGCGGACCUCAGGCGCGUCGGGAAGCGUCGUCCUCCAGCCCCGAGGCGGGCGAAGGGCUGGUGCACCUCACCGACAGCUGCGUCCAGAGGCUUCUGGAAAUCACCGAAGGGUCAGAAUUCCUCAGGCUGGAGGUGGAGGGAGGUGGAUGCUCCGGAUUCCAAUACAAAUUUUCACUGGAUACAGUUAUCAACCCCGACGACAGGGUAUUUGAAAAGGGUGGGGCGAGAGUGGUGGUUGACACUGAUAGCUUGGCCUUCGUGAAAGGGGCCCAGGUGGACUUCAGCCAAGAACUGAUCCGAAGCUCAUUUCAAGUGUUGAACAAUCCUCAGGCACAGCAAGGCUGCUCCUGUGGGUCAUCCUUCUCUAUCAAACUUUGAUGCAAGGACAGGUAAUACAUAUGGUACAAAAGUCAAAGAGACACAGAAGAGGAUACAGUGGAUGCAGUGAACAGUCUCCCAAUCCUAUUCCCAUCCACCCUGUUGCCCUCCCACAAACCACCAUUUUUUCUAGGAAUGUGUACCAUAGGUAGAAUCCCAUACGUAAAAUGUGAAAUAACAUGGACAAGAAUAUUCAUUACAGCAUUAUUUAUAAUAGCAAAAGAUAGGAAGCAAUGGAAAUGUUCAUCAAUAGGGGACUGAUUAAAUUAUGAUUUAUCCAGUCAGUGAAAUAGCAUAUAGUUAGAAUGAGCUUAUUAUGUGCAAGUAUAUUAAGUGAAAAAAGCAAAGUGUAGAACAGUAUGCAGAAAAUGCUGUUUGUGUUUUUGAUUCAAGGAAAUAUGUAUAUAUGUGUGAAAUAUCUCUGGAGGGGCAAGCAGGAAAGUGAGGGUUGGGAGGAGGGGCAGUGGGAACAGCAUUUAAGUAGGUACAGUGUCAGCAGGGUAUCCUGAGGAGUGAUCAGAAUUUCUCUGGAAUGUUGGAUAUAAGGUAGAGUGACAAGGGUGAGGUUAACAGAUACCCAAUUCUCUUUCCCCUUUCUUUAGACAAAUAACAGUAUGUGGUAAAUGUUGUUAUACACAACCUUCCUUUUUCCCUUGAUCUAUUCUGGAUUUCUUAUGAGGGCACUUAAAGCCACUUCUUUUUUCCUUUUGAGGGCUGCAUAGAAAUUAAUGAUUUCUAAUCUUUUACUGUUAAAAAUAAAUGCUAUAAUAAAUAA